AUGGCAUUACUUCACAGUCCACUUGUUUUUCUACUGCUGCAUGUUCUUUUCAUCUCAGUAGUUCCACAAAUUCUAAAAUCAUCACCAAGAACUGAGGCAGAAGCUCUUGUCAAAUGGAAGAGCAGUUUAUUACCAUCUGCUUCUCUCAGUUCUUGGCCCUCAAGCAAUCUCGAAAACCUUUGUAACUGGACUGGCAUUACCUGCAAUUCUGCAGGGACAGUUUCGAAUCUCAAUUUUUCUGGUCAAAAACAUAAUGGAACACUUUCUUACUUCAGUUUCAGUUCAUUUCGGAACCUCACUUCCUUGGACAUGAGUCACAACCUGUUAUCAGAUUUUAUACCAGGAGGGAUUGGAGAUCUGGCAGAACUUCAAUACUUGAGCUUUUAUGAAAAUGAUAUAAAUGAUUUAAGGAACUUAGCUUUUCUUGAUUUGUCGAGGAAUGAGUUGACAGGUUCACUGCCAAAAAAUAUUUCCAAGCUUUUCAAGCUAGAAGAACUUCGCCUAGGAAAGAAUAACUUCACAGGGCCAAUUCCUUCUUCAAUAAGUCAGCUUAGGCAGCUUCAAACUCCUGAUCUCAAAGAAAUUUAUUUGAACUCUAGUAUUCCUCCUGAGCUUGGCUUGUGCACCAAGCUCACCUUCUUGGCUCUAGCUUUAACAGAACUAUACAUAAAAAAUAAUACCUUUACGGGUAUUAUUCCUCCUGAAAUUGGUACAUUGACAAAUCUCACAUACAUUGGCAAUUUGAAAGAGCUUCUAGAGUUAGACUUGUCAGAAAGCUAUCUAGAAGGUUCAAUUCCAGCAAAAAUAGGAAAGCUCACCAAAUUGGUGGUCUUACACUUGCACUUCAAUAAUCUUAGUGGAACUGUUCCACCUGAGAUAGGAAACUUAGCACAACUGGAAAUUCUCGAUCUCCAAAACAGCCAAUUUGAUGGAGUGGUGCCUGAUUCAAUUGCAGAAUUAAGUCACUUGAACUUAAUUCAUCUUCAUAAUAACAGGUUUUCUGGUAGCCUUCCAAAGGACUUGGGAAAAAAGAAUCUCCAUCUGUCCACUGUGAAUUUUUCCUCCAACAGGUUCUCUGGUAAAUUGCCAGAAGGAUUGUGCAGUAGUUUAACCCUUGCAUGGAUUACAGUAACUGCAAACAAUUUUUCAGGGGUUUUACCGCCAUGCCUGGGAAACUGCUCCAAAUUGAGUAGAGUCCGCCUUGAUAAAAACCAGUUCUCUGGAAAUGUUUCUGAGGCAUUUGGUUUUCACUUUUCAUCCAUAUAUAUCUUGUUUUCAUCUCUGAGCGGCAAUAAGUUUACCGCUGAACUCUCCUCCCAGUGGGGAAAGAAUGAAAGUCUCACAAACAUGGAAAUGUCACAGAACAAAAUUUCAGGUGCCAUCCCAGCUGAGCUUGGAAACUUACAGAAUUUGCGAGUUUUGCAGCUGGAACCGAAUGAGUUGACAGGUCCGAAUGAAAUGGGAAAUUUGAACCAGUUGUUGAAACUCAACUUGAGUAGUAAUCAUUUGACUGGAGACAUCCCCAAGAGUUUAGGCAAAUUAUCAAAGCUCAACUACUUUGAUUUGUCUACAAACAAAUUGAAGGGAAGCAUACCGAAAGAUCUUGGGAAUUGUGAGAGCACAUUGAGCCUGAACAGUUUUUCAGAAGAGAUACAAUCUGAACUUGGCAAUUUGGUUCAAUCGCAAAUUACUUUGGACCUGAGUAGCAAUUCACUUUCAGGCACCAUUCCUUCUAAUUUGGCAAAACUGAAAGUUUUGGAGAAUUUAAAUAUUUCGCACCAUCAGCUCUCAGGUAAAAUUUCCUCCUCAUUAUCUACCGGGAUGAUUAGUUUGGAAACUAUUGAUUUAUCUUACAAUAACUUGUCUGGCCCUGUACCCUCGUUCCCACACAAAGUGGAAAAAGUACCGUCAAUACAAUACCUCGGCGUAGGUCCAAAUAGAUUCGUUCAAGAAGGGUUCCAGAAGAGGUUGAACAUAAAUGAGAAGAUUGGUUACGAAGAAAGAUUUUUAAUGGAAACCCAUUUCUGUGUGGAGACUCUAAAGGAUUGUCCCCAUCUCCGGCUUUGUCUUUCAAGUCAUCUAAUUCCAAAACAUGAUUUAGAGGCGACCAAUUCCAAGAACUCUAAGUCACUGAUUUGGGAAAGAGAAGGGAGGUUUACAUUUAGGAAUAUCGUGAGAGCCACUGAAGAUUUCAGUGAAAGGUACUGCAUUGGAAGAGGAGGAUUUGGAACUGUGUACAAGGCCAAACUGUUUAAUGGUGAGAUUGUUGCAGUAAAAAGGCUGAAUAUAACAGACUCUAGCAAGGCUACAACAAUUAAUCGAAUGGAGCUUUGA